GUGGGUGUGUGCGGGGGGCGGAAGGCUGAUGCAAUCUUGAUAAGAAAUGCUCCGGUGUCGCGGGCACCCACCCGCCGGAUAAGACGCGCUAUAUAAGGCCGCCAGCCUCGAGCCGCCGCGCCGUCGGAGAGGGAGCGCUGCGCGCCCAGAGCGCACGGCUGGCUCGAGCGCCGCGGCCAACUUAUCUCGGCACACUCGGCCUCGCAGCCCGUCCCAGCUGCCGCCCAGCCUCCCGCACCCCCGCCGGCCGAACUACGCGUCCUGAGCCCGAGGGAAGUGCCAUGCGGAGCGCACCGAGCCAGUGCGCCGUGGCCUGCGCCCUAGUCCUGGCCGGCCUCUGGCUGGCCGCGGCCGGGCGCCCCCUAGCCUUGUCCGACGCUGGGCCGCACGUGCACUACGGCUGGGGCGAGCCGAUCCGCCUGCGGCACCUGUACACCGCCGGCCCCCACGGCCUCUCCAGCUGCUUCCUGCGCAUCCGCGCCGAUGGCGCCGUGGACUGCGCGCGGGGCCAGAGCGCGCACAGUUUGGUGGAGAUCAGAGCAGUCGCUCUGCGCACCGUGGCCAUCAAGGGCGUGCACAGCGUCCGGUACCUCUGCAUGGGCGCCGACGGCAGGAUGCAAGGGCUGCCCCAGUACUCGGCCGAGGACUGCGCCUUCGAGGAGGAGAUGCGGCCCGACGGCUACACCGUGUACCACUCCCGGAAGCACCACCUCCCGGUCUCCCUGAGCAGCGCCAAGCAGAGGCAGCUGCUGAAGGGCAAGGGGCUCCUGCCGCUGUCCCACUUCCUGCCCAUGCUGCCCAGGGGCCCAGCGGAGCCCAGGGAGCUCCAGGACCACGUGGAGCCCGAUGUGUUUUCUUCACCCCUGGAGACAGACAGCAUGGACCCUUUCGGGAUCGCCACCAAAGUGGGACUGGUGAAGAGCCCCAGCUUUCAGAAAUAGCUGAGGCUCCGGCCUCCCCUGCUCCCGGGGGCCAUGACCCCAGGCCUGUGGGGUUUGCAGAGUAUGCUCUGGCCAUGCAUCUACCAGGACGAUCCUGGGUCCAUCCGUGUUCUAUUUAGUUUUAGGAAGACACAUUUAGAACUUGUGCACCAUAUAGAGUUUUACCUUGGCUGUGCCAGCUUCUAGCAGGUAGAUUUGUAUGAUCACAAAAUAGUAAGUCCUCCGCUCACCCACUCACCCACCCCAGUCCCCGACCCCGCAACCUUUGCCGUUCAUUGCUGGACAAGUCACUGCGCUGCCCCUGUUCUGCUUGAAUACCUCCAGUGAUGGGGAACUCACUACCUUUGGGAAAGUCCUUAUGCCAAGCUGAAAUUCUCUGCAGUUCUCUCCUGUCGUUUUCAGCAGGGGCAGCCGGAAGGAAAGUGGUCGUUUUAAACUUACGUACCAGCCAUAAGGCAAUGCACCUACAUCCACCCACCCCCUUCUGGCAGCCGGUGCCCAGGCUCAGGCUGGCUGCCCGACGGUGACUGGCCAUGCUGCCACCCGCUCAGAGGAACACGACGUGAAGGCAGCCAGCCCCUCCUAGCCAUGGUGACUCAGUUUCCAGGGCAUCGGAUCUGCCCCGGUCACGUGGAUCUCACGUGAGGCCGUUGCGAUGGAAGCCCACUGGCCUGCACCCCAUCCUGGGUCUGCCUCUCACGCUGUGGCUCGGCUUCCCCUCUCUGAAGCGCUGUGGGUGUUGAUCUGAAAAAGCAGACGCUCUCUUCCAGCAGCGGCCUCCCGUUUCCCCAGCCCUUUGCCCCUGGCACCAAGUCAUUCUGUGCAUGGGGACCUGGCCGCCUCCCUGCUUAGGGAAACCCGCACGUUACAGUCAAAGGCGGGGGGAAGGAAGCUUUGAGAGCCCCGAAUCUUGCCAGUGGCUCGUGGGCAGAGCCCAGGAGACGAGGCCUCCCCCAGCGCUUCCAUUCCAACGUGCUAUUUAUGCGUAAUUUAUUUUGUUUGAUAUGUACAUCGCUUUAUUUUCUUACUUUAUUUAUACCCCCGAAUUGUAUUUAUGUAUACAUGAGUUUUGUUUUCUACAUUAAAGCGGCAUUGUUUGUAUCAAUA